GUGGUUUCCUCUUCAUUGUCUUUCUGAAGCUCUGCGGGAGCACUUCCACACAGUCAUAGUUGAGCUAACCAUCUCACUGCGUAUGAGUUAAACGACCACAGGAUGAAGACCGCGCCGCUCGCACUCCUCUGUCUGUUGGUGUGGUGUCCAGCUACAGAGAGUUUAAUUGACAAAUGGGUGAAUUUAGGGGAAAAUGUGACUUUGGACUGUGAUAUUGGUAGCAACGAGAUUUAUUGGUUUUUCCUGAAACGGCCAGAUUCUCUAGCGGUGAUACUGCGAACUUUCACAUCCGACUCUCAAUGGGCUCAUUUCUAUAAUGAACAAUUCAGAAACAAAUAUGCGUCACAAAAGUGGAGCCGUUUAAUGAUUAGUAAUAUAACCGCAGAUGAAUUAGGAAUAUAUUAUUGUGUGAAAACAGACUCACUUCUAAAGCUCAACAAUGGCACCAGACUUUACAUCUCUGAAACUGGUCAAACUGGGAAUGAGACAGAAUGCAACAAUCAUUCACAGCAUCUGAAAACCCUCCAGACUCUGACCGCAUCAUCCGCGGCUCUGAACGCUCUGAUGUUCACCACGAUCAUCGGUCUGUUAAUGCUCAGAUGGAAGAAGCCUUCACAAACUCAACAACAGUGUCAGGAGGUUGAACUGGUGCAGCUCGAGGACUUAAAUAUUGCCGAGUAUUCUGAGAUCGAGUUCACAUAUUCCACAGAAGAAAAGCCAAAUCAGAUCAACAGUAUUUAUGAGCUUCUCCAGAAUCCAAAGCAAACUCCAGAUAAACGUAACCGCAACAUAAGAUGAUGCUCAGGAGGUUUGGGGCGUCGUCUUCUUCUUCGUGUGGGACUUUCUGAUCUCGCAGUGACUGACACAAGCAGAGUCAGAUUGAAGUCUUCUAAAGCUCAUUGCGUUUCCUGCCUCCAUUUACUUAUUUAUCAAAAAUAUAACUGGUCUGAUUCUGCUGCCAAGUAACCAGAGAUUUGAUGAAUGCUGACAUAAAUCAUGAAAGUUUUCACGUUUAUAUUUUGUCACUGAUUGAUUGUAAUAGUUGAUAUUUCCCCUGUGGAUUACUGUGCAGGAACAGAUGAUGUAUGAGUACUAACCUUGCUCAAAAAACACUUUAAACCAGACUAAAAUGAUAAACUGAUUUAAAAUGGUUUAUUUCAGGUUUCUUAACCUGGCGUCUUGAUAUGGCGCACCAUAAGUGCUUUAAAACCACCUAACUUCACCUGCACGUUUGCCAGCUAACACUAGUAAACCACUUUAGGCUGGUUUAAAUGGUUUUUCAAGCAAUGAAUUACAUCAGAAAUAUACAAAAAUAGUUUUGUGCACUUUGAAGGUUACCUUUAUAACUGUACAUGUUGACACUAAUGCAUGUUUUACUGUGAUUAUUGCUGGUCAAGUGUUUUGUGGGCAUAUGAAACAAUCACAUGAUCCCAAGACAAACAAAUGAGACAAUGUCUAGACGUUGCAUUACGCAACAAUAACCUUUUGAAAUGUAACUGCUAAAAAGGAACACACUUCCUGUUAUGAACAAACAAUGAGAGGCAAAAUACAAUAAUGAGUCCAGACAUUUCAUUAAAUGUUAUUUAUUAUUUUAAUUUUUUUUACAAUUUCUAAUAAAACAAAUAGCUACUAUUGGCAACUUUCUGUACAGCAGGGCUAUUGUAGUUUAAAAUGUAUUUCUAUUUUAUUUUCAUGCUUUAUACUUUCAUUUUAGUUUAAUAACUGUCAGAUUCAGUGUA